AAUAAACGUCCCCUCCAUUUAACAUAAGACGGACAGACAACUCAAGCUUCCUUUUAUUUGUUCAGAAAAGAGAAAAGGGGUGGUUUGGUCUUGAUGCACAUAAUUUGAACUUGAAAAUCUAGCUUGAAAGGAAACAAAUUUACUGCUGCCCCGUGUUUAGUAUCUUUAGAUAGUUGUAUAUAAUUGACAUGCAAAUACAAAGACAGAAACUUUGACAGAGAGGAGGACAAGGGGGGGAAGAAGAAGAAAAGGGUUGAAAAUGGAGGAUUAUAGUAAUAGAGAAAAGAAUGAUUUAGAGAUAGAUGAUGAUAAGGAACACAGUGUGUCAAUGUUGAGAGAGCCAUUUCUUGUUAGGAAUAGAAAGAACAAUACUUCACAGAUUGCCAUUGUUGGUGCUAAUACCUGCCCCAUCGAAAGCCUUGAUUAUGAGAUUGCUGAGAAUGAACUUUUGAAACAGGACUGGAGAUCUCGAAAGAAGGCUGAGAUAUUUCAGUAUGUUGUCCUCAAGUGGACACUUGCUCUCCUCAUUGGGUUAGGUACAGGGCUUGUCGGCUUUUUCAAUAACCUUGCCAUUGAGAAUAUAGCUGGUUUCAAACUUCUGGUGACAAACAAUCUCAUGCUUAAGGAGAUGUACUAUCAGGCAUUUGCAACUUAUGCUGGUUGCAAUGUGGUUUUGGCUAUUGCUGCUGCAGCCUUAUGUGCUUAUGUUGCUCCUGCGGCAGCAGGAUCUGGUAUACCAGAGGUUAAAGCAUACCUCAAUGGUGUAGAUGCUCCUUCUAUUUUGGCACCUGCUACCCUUUUUGUAAAGAUAUUUGGGUCCAUAUUUGGGGUUGCUGCUGGAUUUGUUGUUGGCAAAGAAGGACCCAUGGUGCAUACUGGUGCUUGCAUAGCCUCCUUUCUUGGACAGGGAGGUUCUCGUAAGUAUCAUUUGACAUGGAAAUGGCUGAGAUACUUCAAAAAUGAUCGAGACCGGCGAGAUUUGAUCACAUGUGGUUCUGCUGCUGGUGUAGCAGCUGCCUUCCGUGCUCCUGUUGGCGGGGUCUUAUUUGCCCUUGAAGAAGCUGCUUCCUGGUGGAGGAGUGCCCUUCUUUGGAGGACAUUCUUCACAACAGCUGUAGUAGCAGUUGUAUUGAGAAGUCUCAUAGAAUUUUGCCGAACUGGAAAAUGUGGGCUGUUUGGACAAGGAGGUCUGAUCAUGUUUGAUGUAAAUUCGACAAAAGCUACUUACAGUACCCCAGAUCUACUAGCAGUUAUGUUCCUUGGAGUGAUAGGAGGUGUUUUUGGAAGCUUUUACAACUAUUGUGUUGACAAGGUCCUUCGCACUUACAGCAUCAUCAAUGAGAGAGGUCCUUCGUUUAAGAUCCUGCUUGUUAUUGUCAUUUCCCUGCUGACCUCUUGUUGCUCCUACGGCCUCCCAUGGCUUUCACAGUGCAUUCCCUGUCCCCCUCACCUGGCUGAGCAAUGCCCCACUGAAAGUCGCUCUGGAAACUUCAAGAAUUUCCAGUGUCCACCAAACCACUAUAACAAUCUUGCUUCCCUCUUUUUCAACACCAAUGAUGAUGCCAUCCGCAUCUUAUUCACUUCUGGCAGCGAAAAAGAAUUUGACCUCUCCACCCUUCUGGUUUUCUUCGUUGCUAUUUUCUGCCUUGGCAUUGUUACUUAUGGCAUUGCUGUUCCCUCUGGGCUCUUCAUCCCAGUCAUUCUUGCUGGGGCCUCUUAUGGCCGUCUUGUUGGAACACUGCUCGGUCCCCUUUCUAAUCUUGAUGUGGGUCUCUUUGCCCUUCUUGGAGCUGCCUCCUUCCUUGGUGGCACCAUGAGAAUGACAGUUUCUCUUUGUGUCAUACUUCUCGAACUGACUAAUGAUCUGCUUAUGCUUCCAUUAAUGAUGCUAGUGCUCCUCAUUUCAAAAUCUGUGGCUGAUAUUUUCAAUAAGGGUGUUUAUGAUCAAAUUAUGAAAAUUAAAGGAUUGCCUUAUAUGGAAACCCAUGCAGAACCAUACAUGAGACACCUUAUUGCAAGUGAUGUUGUUUCUGGUCCAUUAGUUUCAUUCUCUGGGGUUGAAAAGGUAGGGAACAUAUUACAUGUCCUGAGAGUAACAAGGCAUAAUGGAUUUCCUGUGAUUGACGAGCCGCCUUAUUCAGAUGCUCCAGAAUUAUGUGGGCUUGUCUUGAGGUCUCAUCUGCUCGUGUUGCUUAAAGGAAAGAAAUUUACAAAGCAGAGAGUAAAGACAGGAUCAGAUAUUGUGAGGGGUUUCAAGGCACAUGACUUUGCAAAGGCUGGAUCGGGCAAAGGGGUGAAGCUGGAAGAUUUGGAGAUCACAGAGGAGGAGAUGGAGAUGUAUAUUGAUCUCCAUCCUAUUGCUAACACAUCUCCAUACACCGUGGUUGAAUCCAUGUCUCUAGCUAAAGCUGCUGUUCUCUUUCGCGAACUUGGCCUUAGACACUUGUGUGUGGUGUCGAAGACGCCAGGGAUGCCUCCUAUUGUUGGAAUCUUGACUCGGCACGACUUCACCCCGGAGCAUGUACUGGGGCUUUACCCACAUAUUAAACCCCACAAGUAGGGCAAGCAAGCUACCUAGUUGUGUGUUUUCUGCCUGUGAGGACUCGUUCUUAUGGAGCUUUUAACUUCCCCUUGCCAUUGCCAAACCGAGGGAAUUAUUGGACAAAGGAUUCUCUGCAAGGAAUGGAUUUUACUAUAAUGGAACUAUGAAACAGUGUAAGGAAAGUUGCUUAUCUUAGAAUAAUAGGAUUUGUAUUCUAAGAUGCGUGGCAAGGGCAUUGUAGUAUGGUUGUUAAACUCAGGUUGGCUUGACUCGGAAAAUCUACGACUCGGAACUCAUGACUUGUAGAAGGCAUUUACCCUUAUGAAACCUGUUUGAUCUAUUCAAACCUCA